CUGCAAAGUACUCCGGUACCUACCACAUCAUUAUCAGCAUCAACCACCAAGACCACAUCUGCCAGCUCAUCACUAGCAUCAACUACACAGAAUACUGAAUCUGCCAGCUCAUCACCAGCAUCAACUACACAGAAUACUGAAACUACCAAGACCACAUCUGCCAGCUCAUCACCAGCAUCAACUACACAGAAUACUGAA